GUGGGGGGCGGCUGCGCGCAGGCGCUCUGCCCCCGCAGCCUCUGCCUGCCUUCCCCCCCCCCCCCCACCUCCCCGACCCCUCGAGCCAUCUGAUGAGAUCGGCAUAGCCGAGGGGGCAAGGAUGCUCUGGCCCUGGAAAGGGAGUAAGGAGGCAGGCACACUGGCAUCCCUGAUCCACUGAGGCCUGGGGCCCUGGGCCAUGGCAGGUCAGCUCCUGGCCUGGCUCUCCAGGCUGCCCACAGCUGUGGUCUAUGGUUCCUUGUCACUCUUUGUCUCCAUUCUACACAAUGUGUUCCUGCUGUACUACGUGGACACGUUUGUUUCAGUGUACAAGAUUGACAAGCUGGCCUUCUGGGUUGGAGAGACGGUGUUUCUCCUCUGGAACAGUCUCAAUGACCCUCUCUUCGGCUGGCUCAGUGACCGUGUCUUCCUCAGCUCUGCACCCAGGGCAGGGGCUUCCAUCCCAUCCCAGGAUGUGGUUCUGACGAGGCUUCGGGCUCUCAGCCGGCAUGGGCCGCUGCUGGCUCUCUCCUUCCUGGCGUUCUGGGUGCGAUGGGCCCCCACGGGCAUGCAGUUCUUGCUUUGUUUGUGUCUCUAUGAUGGCUUCCUGACACUGGUGGACCUCAAUCACCAUGCUUUACUGGCUGACCUGGCUCUGUCUGCCCACGGCCGAACACACCUCAAUUUCUACUGCUCCCUGUUCAGUGCAGCUGGCUCCCUCUCCGUCUUUGCCUCCUACACUGUGUGGAACAAGGAAGACUUCUCUUCCUUUCGUGCCUUCUGUGUGGUUCUGGCUGUCUGCUCUGGGCUUGGCUUUACUGGAGCCACGUGGCUAUUGAGGCAGCGGUUUGAGACAGAGGGGAGGACACUGGGGGCCCUGCAUUCAGUCUCAGAAGGCCCGGAUGUGGAGAAAUCAUCAGCAAAUGAGGAGGAAAAGAGGGUCACAUUGGGCGAGUAUCUGCAGCAGCUGGCACGCCACCGAAACUUCCUCUGGUUCGUAGGCAUGAACUUGGUGCAGGUCUUCCACUGCCACUUCAACAGCAACUUCUUCCCCCUCUUCCUGGAGCACCUGCUGUCGGACCAGAUCUCUCUCUCCACAGGCUCCUUUCUGCUGGGGGUCUCCUACAUCGCUCCUCAUCUCAACAACCUUUACUUCCUGGCACUGUGCCGAAGGUGGGGUGUUUACGCAGUGGUCCGAGCGCUCUUCCUUCUCAAGCUGGGCCUCAGCCUUCUCAUGUUGCUGGCUGGACCAGACCACCUCCACCUCCUUUGCAUCUUCAUUGCCAGCAACCGUGUAUUCACAGAGGGCACCUGUAAGCUGCUGACCCUGGUGGUCACAGACCUGGUGGAUGAGGACUUGGUGCUAAACCGCCGGAAGCAGGCUGCUUCAGCACUUCUCUUUGGGAUGGUGGCCUUGGUGACCAAGCCUGGCCAGACCUUUGCCCCACUGCUGGGCACUUGGCUGCUUUGCUUCUAUACUGGUCAUGACCUUUUCCAGCAGCCCUUGCUGACCCCAGUGGGCAGUGCAAGGCCUUGGUUGGACCCCCCUGCUCCACCUCGGGCAUCAUCAUUACGUCAAGGAUGCUUCUACUUGCUCGUGCUGGUGCCCAUCAUGUGUGCGCUGCUGCAGCUGAUCACUUGGUCCCAGUUCACCUUGCAUGGGAGGCGCCUCCACAUGGUCAAGGCCCAACGCCAGAGUCUGUCCAAGCCCUGGGCUCUGGAUGUUAAGACCGUCUGAGGGGACUCAGAGGAAGGCAGACUAUGGUGCUGGGUGCUCAACUACUCUUACCUGAGCCGGGAGCCGGGCACCUCCUCAUUCAGGCUCUCCUCUGGCCUUGUUUCUCAGGUACAGCAGGAAGUAACACAGUUGGGGAACAAAACCUCUAGGGUUUUCCCUUGGACGCAGAUGCUGAGGUCACAAUUCUCCAUCCUUCCUCUCAACUCCUGGCAGUUAACUCAGGGUGAAGGCUAUGAAGUGGGUCCUUAGAAUAUGGCCACCAGCUGCUUUAAGCAGCUGAAAAGCAUCAGGAAUUGGGGAGGACUGAGUGGGGGAGGAUUGCACUCCCUGCCCCACCCCCCAGUCUGUGCCCACCAUAUACACUGAAUGGAGCACUCUACUGAAAGCAGGCCCUGUCCAAAGCUUGGCUUGGCCUGACUGCCUGGACAGAGGCUGCAGGGGGAGGAGCUGUUCUCUGUAUGGACAAUCUGGUUGAGGAUGUGCAGUGGGCCUACAUGACUCCCAGAGCUUGGCCUGUGACUGAAAGUCAAGGUGGUGGCACUUUGUGGGCACCUCCCUUCCCCAAACUCUUGCCAUUUCGGAUCCUCUCUACUUUGUGCUCCACUUACCCCAGGGAUGGGCUCAUUUUGCAGGGACUCAUUAAAGCCAGUAAAUCAUU